AUGACUUCCACGAGCUCGGUCUACAAGUAUGUGAUGGAAGAUGUCAUUAAGAACAUCAAGCACGAGUUUCUCAGCGAGGGCAUCCCCGAAUCAGUCCUUGCAGAGCUGCAGCAGGUGUGGGAAGCAAAGCUGGCCCAGUCGGACACUGCCGCGCAGCCAGCGGCUCCCGCGGCCGAAACCGACGUGAACCAGCACCUGGCCUACUUCUACAGCAACAACGCCUACAACCUCGACUCGGCGUCGAUGCCGCCAGAGAGCGCUCUCCUCCUCAAUCCCUCGUACGCACAGCACAUGGCGCGGGCGGCGGCUGGCUACUCCCACCCACAGCCUCAAGAGCCACCAGUCGAACCUCAGUACGGUCGGCCGCAGCCCUACAUGCCGCCGCAGGAGUGGAGCGCGAACUCGCUCGCGGCCUACUCGGCCGCAAGGCAGCCGACAUCCGCUGCCGCAGCUGCGCAGGCACGAGGGCGUCCCGCACCCCAGCACCCCAGCAACCUUCCCCAGUACGAUGGCGGCGACGACGACGAUGACGACGAUGGCGACGACGACCUGGGGAUCAAGAAGGAGAACGAUGGCGACGAGGAUCUGGGAUCGGACUUGGACGAUGAAGAGGGAGAGGAGCCCGACACAGACAACAUCGCCCUCUGCCAAUUCGAAAAGGUGACGCGCAUCAAGAACAAGAGAAAGUGUAAUCUAAAGGCGGGCGUGAUGCACCUGAACGGGCGGGACUACCUCUUCAACCGGGCCAACGGAGAGUUCGAGUGGUGA